CACAUACUCAUUUCCACUUGGGAGCUCCACCCAUCAUUUCUGGUUCAGAGCGCUCAUGUAGCCUCAAACCACUUGCUCAGUUCUCAAACUGUUCCGUUAGGAGGAAAACUUACAUUCUUUCCCCUGCAAACAACUAGGAAUCUCAUCUGGAGUUCUGCUCUGCUGCCGAGUUUGUUUCAUCUGCCAAGAAAAGACAACUUGCAGGAUGCCUUUUGGGGGAGGAAACAAGUGUGGUGCCUGUCAGAAGACCGUGUACUUUGCAGAGGAAGUGCAGUGUGAUGGGAGGAGCUUCCACAAGAGCUGCUUCCUGUGCAUGGUGUGUCGGAAGAAUCUGGACAGCACAACAGUAGCUGUACAUGAAAAUGAGGUCUACUGCAAGUCCUGCUACGGCAAGAAGUAUGGGCCAAAAGGUUAUGGCUACGGAGGAGGAGCUGGAACACUAAGCAUGGACAAAGGAGAGUCGCUCGGGAUCAAGCACGAGGAGCAAGGUGAACACCGCCCCACAAAUAACCCAAAUCCAUCCAAAUUUGCUCAGAAGUUUGGGAGCUCGGAUAAGUGUCCCCGAUGUGGCAAGUCUGUCUACGCAGCUGAAAAAGUAAUUGGUGCUGGAAAUGCCUGGCACAAGAGUUGUUUCCGCUGUGCAAAGUGUGGCAAAGGUCUAGAAUCCACAACUCUAGCUGACAAGGAUGGAGAAAUCUACUGCAAAGGAUGCUAUGCCAAGAACUUUGGACCUAAAGGCUUUGGGUAUGGCCAAGGAGCCGGAGCAUUGGCACAUGCUCAGUAGAUCCCCGGGGGAAAAGUUUACCACGAGGAUUUCACAUCCAACGCAAAGCCAUCGUCACUUUCUAGUGCACUAAAAAUUCAAAUCCAUUUUCUACCAAUGACAUUUUCUUCUCCUUGCUGUUAUGGGACCAAUGGCUUUUACAGGGUUUUUAGAAAGUGUUUAUUCUUUUUUUGAUGCUCUUCUUGUGUGUAAUUUGGCUGCUAACAGUGGUUAUUUGCUGCAAAAACCACGCCACGAUCGUCGACUACAUUCCAGCUAUCACCACUUUUCAAUAAAAUAUCUCGACCAAUACUAUAGCAUGUACUGCACUUACAGGAUCUAAUGCCUAAGGUACAGCAUACUUCACAUCAUUCCACAGCAUAGAUUGAGACAUGGGCAUACAGAACACACAUGUAUAUAUACUGUAGUUAGGUCUAUUGUAAUUUUACAUUGUGGGAAUAUACAUAUUCAAUGUGAUAAAAAGGUCAUACAAAAUUGGCAGAUAUCUUGCAUGCUGAGAAGUCAACAAAUACAUAAAAGCUCUUGUGUGCUAACACCUUUUGACCUUGUCAAUACAGGGCAUUGUAUUGACCUUGUCAAUCAGGAAGUAAAAUGGUUUGCAAAUAUUUUGUGAUGACAUUCCAUUCAUAUCACUCGAAUGACUACACAUGCAAAUAUCAGACCUCAUGAUCACACUAUGCUAAAUAUGUGACUUAUAUAACAUGGUAAAACACCUCUGACUUUCACUUGAGAUUCUCUGCCUUGACAAUGAAGGCCGACAGAUCAGAAGACAUCCAGAGAAUUCCUAUUUCUUAUUUGUGCAACAUGCUCAAUCAUACAGUAUCAUGCACGUUAGCUCAUCUUUGACUUGUAAUGUUGAUAAAUAAAUGUAAAAGAAAAUGC